CGCCGCCGCCGCCGCCGCCGCCGGGAUCGUCAGGCCGGAGCCGCGCGGCCAAGCGAGCGGCGGGCGGCAGGCGGCGGGGAGGGCUCGGCGGCGGGGAGGCUCGCGGCGCCCGGGCCGACGGGGUCCGCCCGGGCCGGCAGCGUCCGCCGGGCGGCGGGGAGGAGGGAGCCGCGCAGACAAAGAGCGGCGCCUGGGCGGGCGCAGCGCGGCCGCCGCCCCGGGACCCGCGCCGCUGCCCUCCGGCCUCCGCGGGCGGCCCACUGCGAGAUUUUCAUAGGUUCGUUUUAUACGAGCGAUGUCCCAGGCCAUCAAUCUCUGCUGAGCUUUUGCGCUGGAUUUGAGAGUUUGGAGAAUCCCAGCGGCCUUGUCACUUCAGAGGUGUGUUCAGCUGAACAAUUGCAUCUUUCUGGAGAGUUCUGCAUUUCGCCAGUCACCUCUUGUAACUGUGUGCCAAAGAAGGACUCCAUGAAAGAUGACAGAGGAAGUCAUUGUCAUAGCCAAGUGGGACUACACGGCCCAGCAGGACCAGGAGCUCGACAUCAAAAAGAACGAGCGCCUGUGGCUGCUGGAUGACUCCAAGACGUGGUGGCGGGUGCGGAAUGCGGCCAACAGGACGGGGUACGUGCCGUCCAACUACGUGGAACGCAAGAACAGCCUGAAGAAGGGCUCGCUGGUGAAGAACCUCAAGGACACCCUAGGCCUGGGCAAGACCCGCAGGAAGCCGAGCGCCAGGGACGCAUCGCCGACGCCCAGCACGGACGCCGAGUACCCCUCCAAUGGCAGUGGCGCUGACCGCAUCUACGACCUCAACAUCCCAGCCUUUGUCAAGUUCGCCUACGUGGCCGAGAGGGAAGACGAGCUCUCUCUGGUGAAGGGCUCGCGCGUCACCGUCAUGGAGAAGUGCAGCGACGGCUGGUGGCGGGGCAGCUUCAACGGGCAGAUCGGCUGGUUCCCGUCCAACUACGUGCUGGAGGAGGCGGACGAGGCCGCCGCGGAGUCCCCGAGCUUCCUGAGCCUGCGGAAGGGCGCCUCCCUGAGCAACGGCCAGGGGGCCCGGGUGCUGCACGUGGUGCAGACGCUGUACCCCUUCAGCUCCGUCACCGAGGAGGAGCUCAACUUCGAGAAGGGAGAGACCAUGGAGGUGAUCGAGAAGCCCGAGAACGACCCAGAGUGGUGGAAAUGCAAAAACGCCCGGGGUCAGGUCGGCCUGGUCCCCAAAAACUACGUGGUGGUCCUCAGUGACGGGCCGGCCCUGCACCCUUCGCACGCCCCGCAGAUCAGCUACACCGGCCCCUCGACGAGCGGGCGCUUCGCGGGCCGGGAGUGGUACUACGGCAACGUGACGCGCCACCAGGCCGAGUGCGCGCUCAACGAGCGGGGCGUGGAGGGCGACUUCCUCAUUAGGGACAGCGAGUCCUCGCCCAGUGACUUCUCCGUGUCUCUCAAAGCGUCAGGGAAGAACAAGCACUUCAAGGUGCAGCUCGUGGACAACGUCUACUGCAUCGGGCAGCGGCGGUUCCACAGCAUGGACGAGUUGGUGGAGCACUACAAGAAGGCGCCCAUCUUCACCAGCGAGCACGGGGAGAAGCUCUACCUCGUCAGGGCCCUGCAGUGACGGCGGCGCGGCGGCCUCCGCGCCCUGGCUGCCCUCCGGAGCCCUGCGGUCGCCCUCGCGGCGGUCCUGCCGCAGCUCCUGAGCCCGCCGCCCGUUCCAUCGCCACCCCAGGCCCUCGCAGCCACGCCCGGCCAGCUUUAGAGGGCAGGCGGACGGGGCGUGCCUGCCCACCUGAGCCCUGUCCAGUUGGAACAGCGGUUGUCCGUGCAGAUCGCCCCACAGAACUCCCCCACCAAGCGACAUCGGUGCGGCGGAGGGCACGGGAGCGCCCAGCGUGCGAGUGAACACAGCGCUCCCCGGUGUGGCGGCCUGAGCCCCGGCUCCCUCGAUCCGGAUCCUGGCCCAGACGCGGCUCCCACGCUGCAGGGCGCAGUUGCGUUUGAGGAUAGCAAUACUGGAACGCCGGGUUGGUGGCAGGGAGGAACUGUCCAGUGCCUUCGAGGCUGUGCUUGCAAUAAAGAGAAUUCCCAUGAGAGUCAGUCUGCAGAAGAGGGACCCUGUCGCAGAAAGACAGGUUUUGGUAAUUGACCCCCAGAUGUGCCAUCGCCUAGUGCUGCUUCCUCUCGCCCUUCGGCUUGUUUGAAUUUCACAAUUAUGUAUUUAAUUCUCAAAGUAAGAUGUAUCUGUAGCCGUUUGUUGACACUAAUAACAGAUGAUUAAGGAAAACAGCUGAUCUUUGGGGAAGGGGAGAUAGGAAUACUUUAUACACACACACUAUAUAUAUAUAAUACGUGUAUAUUAUAUAUAUAUAUAUAUAAUUUGCUUUACAGGGAAAUUUUUCAGGGUUUACAAAAGAAUAUGUGAUUGGUAGUAAAAGACACAGAAUGUUUAUGAAAAAAUUGCAUUUUCUUUUUUUCUUUACAUUUGAACUUCUUUAUAGUUGAAAUAUACAGUCUUGAGAUGGCACAUUCCUACAAUUGAAGAAGGGGUCUUGAGAUCCCCUAAACUUGCAUACCCAGUUUUUUGGAUAUUGUAAUAAAAAAGAAGUAUUA